AUGCCUCUCUCCUCAGACCAAUCCGUCAACGAAACAGCCGGCACCCUCGUCAAAACCCUCCAAGGCGCUUUUGGCACGCCCGCAGGAUACCGUCCAGCCCACGCAAAAGGCCGCCUCACAAAAGGCACCUUCACCCCAUCCCAAGAAGCCGCCACCCUCUCCACCGCCCCGCACUUCAACAAUGCCUCUACCCCAAUCCUAACCCGCUUCUCCAACUCCACCGGCCUCCACGCCAUCCCGGACACCGACCCCAACGCCAACCCGCGCGGCAUGGCCGUUCGUUUCCUCCUCAGCUCCGACGGCCACAAACACACCGACAUCAUCGCCCACUCGACCUCGCACUUCCCGAUGCGCACGGGUGAAGGGUUCCUGCAGAUGCUUGGAGCGAUCGGGGGCGGGACGAUUGGGGAGUUUCUGGCGCAGAACCCGUCGGCGAAGGCUUUUGUCGAGGACCCGAAGCCGGCGCCGGAGAGUUUUGGGACGGAGAGGUAUUUUGGUGUUACGGCUUUUAAGCUGAUUGAUAGGGAGGGAAAGGAGACGUUUGUGCGGUAUAGGAUUGUGCCGGAGGCUGGGUAUGAGACGUUAUCAGAGGAGGAAUUGAAGGGGAAGGGGAAGGAUUAUCUCUUCGAGGAGUUAGAGGCGCGGUUGAAGUCCGGCUUAGUGAGUUUCAAGCUCAUGGCGCAGGUGGCGGAGGAGGACGAUGUGACGGAUGAUAAUACCGUGCACUGGCCGGAAGAGCGGAAGCAGGUCGAGCUUGGGACGAUCGAGGUGGAGGAGAUGGUUGGGGAGAAGGAGAGCAAGGAGGAGCAGCAGAGGAUUAUCUUCGAUCCGAUUCCGAGGGUGGAAGGGGUGGAUGUUAGCGCGGACCCGCUGUUGGAUAUGCGGGCGGCAAUUUACCUGAUCAGUGGGAAGGAGAGGCGGGCGGCGGCGAGUACGGCAUGA